ACAACAUGAAUUGCUAAUGUCGCGAUCAUCAGUUGUAGCCACUGAAAAGACUAGAAAUGGGCGUAAUACAUUAGAUGUCGGCUAGCGCGCGGCUAACAUUUACCACAAAGAAAAAGCCUUAAAUGCGCUAUUCAGCGUCGUGUAAUUUCCGCUAAAUCCAGAGUCUGUAACUUCACGUAAACAGAAGAAAUGCCAGUUUCCAUUUCAAAAAAAUAGCGAACUUGCCGGCUUCUUCGCUGUGUGUUGUUGUUGUUGUUUUGGUGACGCAACUUCCGUCGACCAGACGAUUGGUCGUCUACAGUGGGUUUCGGCGCUCCUAUUGGCCCGAGUCUACAGUGUCUACGCUCACCGUAGAUUCCGGGCCAAUGAAAAGACGUAAUGGUCUACAGACACCGUAGACGUUGCACUAAGAGGGGUCUGAGGGAGAGGUUUGCAUAAGCCUGCAAAGGUUUUAUCUGGCUCCAAGUCCAUUAUCAGUCCUUCCUUUCUUCUUGCCUCUUUUUUGGCCAUUUUGCAAGCUUAUCUCGUGGCUAUUAGCUAAAUGUUUCUAUACAAGCUAACACUUCACCGUGUCGGAAUUCGGCAGGAAAAAAAAGAAAAGAAACUCAGUUUCGCCUGAUUUUAUGUUAUAAAGAUGUCCUGUACGAGCGCAAAACACAAGUGCAAUGAGUCACUUCUAAUAAAGGAAUUAUCUGAGUCAGUUUAGAUCAUUUAAAACGUUUGGUACUCAUCAGAGAUUCACGAGCUUACAGAGAAGCGUCCACACAGGUCGCCAUCUUGGCUCCUCCUCCAUCCACAGCGCUCUUUGAUCUUCUCAAAGGACCAUUAUGACGCCGCGGGCGACGUCACGUUCUCUGCUAAACCGAGUCCUUAAAUAGGGGAGCUCCUUUAACAGUUAACAUUGGAGCAUUUUCAGAAACAGCCAGUUGUUUUAGACAAAGCUAAUACGUAUUUAACCUGUGACACCGUGCUUUAAACCUUUAAAAAAAUGUCACAGGAAUCAUUAAAUGACUUACCUUCUGGAAGCCAUAGUAGAGAGGAAUCACUAAUGCUGCAGCUUGAGGCUAGUGAGAUGAGCCUGUCUCAGGUUUACAGAGACAUAGGGCUUCAUUUUGAGUACACCCGUAGAAUAACUGCAGAACAAAAGGAAGAGCUUGAAAAUAUUAAGAAAGAAAACACAGAUCUCAAGGAAACGCUCAAUAAUAUUAAGAAAGAAAACACAGAUCUCAGGGAAGAGCUCGAAAAUAUUGAGAAAGAAAACGCAGAUCUCAGGAAAGGGUUCGAGAAUAACAGGAAAGACAACACAGAGCUCAGAGAAGAGCUCAAAAAUAGAAGGGAAGAGCUCAAAAAUAGCAGUGAAGAGCUCGAAAAUAGCAGGAAAGACAAUGCAGAGCUCAAGGAAGAGCUCGAAAUUAGCAGGAAAGACAACGCAGAGCUCAGGGAACAGCUCGAAAAUAGCAGGAAAGACAACCAAGAGCUCAAAAAUAGCAGGGAAGAGCUCGAAAAAAGCAGGAAAGACAACGCAGAGCUCAAGGAAGAGCUCGAAAUUAGCUGGAAAGUCAACGCAGAGCUCAGGGAACAGCUCAAAAAUAGCAGGAAAGCGAAUGCAGAACUCAUGAAAACUGUGGAAAAUAAUCAGCGCCUACUUAAAGUAGGUUCAGGUCUUGCCACAGUGGCCAUUGUUGUUCCUGCAGCUUGCUGGGCCAUCUCAAAGCUUUUUGGCUGAAGGGAAUGUCCCGGGGAUCAUUCAAAGAACGGGGAUCGAUACAAUUGUGGAUUGUGGUCCACAUCCACAAUU